AUGGCUACACCGAACCCGCUGGCCUCGGCCGACCCCGCGCCGAGCAUCUCCAAGACCUCGCUCGCCAUCACCAGCCUUCACGUCGACAUCUACGGGCUCGCCGAGCUUGCGCCGGGCGCCGCCUCGGUCUCGUGUCUGUGGCUACACCACCCACGGCUGCGCGCCAAGGAAGACAUGUCGACGAUUGCCUCGCUGGCCAUUGACGCCUGGAACCGCCAGCCAGGCGCGGCCUCGCGCGGCCUCAUUGCCGCCGCCUGGGACCAGCGCAACCACGGCACCCGGCUCGUCUCGGAGAUUGCCAACCACUCUUGGCGCCAGGGCAACAAGAACCACGCCCAGGACAUGUUUGGAGUCAUUUCGGGCAUGGUGAUUGACAAUGGCCUGCUCAUUGACUCUCUCGAGGGCUACAUCUUUGGCAACGGCGAGCACAAUGGCGCGGGGAGCGGCCCGCGGUCCGUCGACCAGCACCUCGCCCUCGGCGUCAGCCUCGGCGGCCACAGUGUCUGGCAGGCCAUGUUUGCCGAGCCGCGCAUCACGGCCGGCGUCGCCGUGAUUGGAUGCCCCGACUAUGCCGCGCUGAUUUCGGAUCGUGCGAGAAAGUCCAAGCUGCAGACCUUUUCGGCGGCCGACGCCGGCGCUUCCUUCUUGGGCAGCGCCGACUUCCCGGCCGCUCUCGUCGGGGCUGUCGCCAAAUACGACCCAAAGGGCAUCCUGUUUGGAACGGGCGCCAUCAGCUACCCUGCGCCCGAGCCCGAGCAGUCGCGGCUGCGACCUGUCCUCGACGCGCGCAUCCGGGGCAAAAAGUUCCAGGUUCUGUCGGGCGGACAGGACAAACUGGUACCCUACGCCAAGUCGGAGCCGUUUCUGGACUUUUUCAAGAGUGCCGCGACGACUUGGUACAAGGGUGGGGAUAUCAGCGUCGAGGACAAUGUCUACCCAGACGCGGGCCACGAGUUCAGUCCCCCGAUGAUGAAGGAUGCCGUGCGAUUCAUUGUAGAUGCGGUUGCGGGAGCCGGCAAGGGACAAGUUGCAGCUGCCAAGAUUUGA